AUGGCGGAGGUGCGGUGCUUUCGGACCUUGUGUUCUGUGUCGCCGUUACUGUGGCCGAGGAACGGGAUCCUCUCGACUCUCGUUGUCGGCAGCGGAGAUGGGGGAAGAGGAGGCGGGAAGAAUACAAGAGUUGGAGACAGGCGGCGAUCGGAGGAGCUAGGGAGGUGGAUGCCGAGGCUGAGUCGGAGGUUGAUGGAGGGUGGGCUGGGAUGGGUCGGGUUGAAAACGUUGGGCCUUAGGCGUUGGCCCAAGAGAAUGGCAGAGAUCUGGGGCCGAAGUGGGCCUCAGGAGCAGCCCAUAAUGAAAAACGUCAGUUAG